CCGAUACGCGGGGGGAACGAAGGGGCAUCGACGACGACGGUCUCGACACUCCUGUCGUAAUCCGUAAAGGGAUACUCGUAUUGUCAUCCGGCGAAGUAACCGUCAGAGGUCGCCGAGGUACCAAAAUGAAAAAUGGCUUCUACACCUGAACAAGUUGUGUGUACUCCGACCUUUGUUUUUCCAGCAGCAUUUCCCGGUGGAGGCGAAGUAGGUGCCAGAAUGAAAGGGCACCGUACAGCACAGCCAGAACUAUCAGAAGGGCGCCCUAUUCUUAUGCCACAUCUUGCAGCUUGCCACCUAUCCACGUGGCAAGGAUUUGAUCCACGUCCACAUUUGGCUAACUUCCAUCCAAUAGCUGGAGCAACACCACCACCUCCACCAUUACAACAUCCAGAAGAUCAAAAGUCAAAAGUUGCUAAUCGGAAUACAGGAGUUAAACCACAAUCACAGACAACAAAUAAUGAUUUUUCUGCAGGAAGAAAUCUUGCUCCUGCUGUUCCGACUUCUGUAGCUUAUUCAGUAGAUACUGGAAAAAUUCCCUCAGGUACAAUUGAAAAGCAAGAACCAGAAGCUUUAAAGGAUAAACUUUGGCCUUGCCCAUCUUGUAAGGUCCCCUUUAAAGCAGCUUCAGAAUUACAAGCCCAUCUUUCAGCUCAUACCAAGGGAGAGAAAACAGUACCUUGUGAGAUCUGUGGGAAACUUUUUGCAUCUGUAGAAAGAGUACGUAUUCACAUCAGAGCAGCCCAUGGUGAAAAAUCAUGUUCCUGUGACAUUUGUGGCAGUGGAUUUAGUUAUCGAUGUAAGCUAUUGGACCAUAUGAGGACCCACACUGGAGAUAAACCAUUUCAUUGCGACAUUUGUGGUAAGAGCUUCUCCCAGAAGAAUCAUCUGACACGCCAUUCCAUGAUACACACAGGAGAAAGACCCUAUCCAUGUGACUUCUGUGGCAGAGGAUUCUACAGGAAGGACAAGCUGACAAGACAUAGGCGGAUCCAUACAGGUGAGAAACCUUAUGCAUGUUUAGCCUGUGGUAAAGCUUUCUACCGCCGAGAUAAAUUAACGCGUCACAUUAAAAUGCACAGUGGGGAAAAGCCUUUUGCGUGUGGCAUCUGUGGAAAAAGAUUUAUUGAAGAAAGAGAUCUGAAGCGACAUAAAUGCUCCUCUCGACACUUGCACAAUUCCAGUGGCCCCAAGCACAACACGGCACAACAGAGCUCUGGGACAAGGCGGAACCAACCGCAGCAGCAACAGCAGCAGCACCAGCAACAACCUCACCAGCACCACCAGCAACUCCAGCCCCAUCACCAGCAACAGCAACCCCAUCAUCACCAGCAGCAACAGCAAGCUCAGCCCCAGCACCACCAGCCCCAACCCCAGCAACAGCAGCCUCAACCUCAGUCUCAAUCCCAGCCUCCACCAUUUCAGAACCUCAGCCUUCAAACCUGACUGGCAAGGUGCACCGUCUGGGGUGCACUGAGUGGAUGGUCAGUCUUCAAUGGGCAGCUGUAAUCACCUCACCUCUCAGGCAGGCCCUUUUUUAUUUUUUAUUUUGGUAGUUUAUGUUUUCAAAGGAACAAAUUUCAAUAAACUAGUGUUUACAUAAAUUUUAUGGUCAUCUGCAAAAUACACAAUUGUUGAAUGUGUAUUUUUAUAAAGCAUAGUUUAUGCACUGUUAAUACUCAUUGAUUCUGGAAUAUCCAGUAACUUCAAAAGCAUGAGUGAUGGACUGAAAAUAAGGCCUGAAGUAUAAGAAAAUACAGCUGCCCACAAUUAGCAUUUUCUGAAAAUAGCUGAGUCUGGAUAUGUGUAUAUCCAGACAGGGUAGGCAUUAUAACUUUUUUAUCUCAAAAUUUAGGAGAUUGCAUUUCAGAAGCUAAAAUUAUAAUAAUAAUGAAAAAUUACAAAAUCUUCCGUAUUCUUUAAUAUGGAUAAAAUCUCAAUCUAUCAGCAUUUUAUUCAAUUGUUGUAUUUUUAUUAUUAUUAUUAUUAUUAUUUUUUAUCAGAGUGAAUUUUGUUUUGUCUUGUUAAUUAUAUGAAUGUAUUUUUUCUCUUUUAUUGAAAUUUUUUAGAAGUUUUGUUAUAUUAUCAUUUCUUUAAAAAAUCAUUGAUUAAUGUAUAACUUUCUUGUUGUUGCAUCAUUUUAUAAACUAAAGUUGACCGUAGUGGUUGUGACACAUUUUAUCUUUUGUAUGUAAAGGAGUUGGAACUUUUUAUUUGUUUGUUGUAAUAUUAUAUACAUACAUACUUACCUUUUUUCAUGAACAACAGCCAGAGAUGACCAGGGAAAUUUUACAAAUGAAGAAUUAAAAAAUGUAUAUUAAGCUCCAUUUCAAAAAAAUGUGGUUUCAGAAUUGUUCUGUGUACCAUAUAUUUUAAAAUAAUUUGGAGUGGAUAUUAAUUAUGUAGCUGUAUAUACUCAUGUAAACUGUGGAGCCUUGUAUACAGCGUUAUUCAAAUAUCCAAAUUACAAUUUAAAAAGUGCAGAUGAAGAACUACUAUUUUAGAGAAUCUGGCAAAAAAAAAUGAUAAUGAGGAGUUGAUUACACAAAUGUUAAUAUAAUCUCUGGUAGUGUCAUAAUUUUUUUUAUUGUGCCAUUGUUGUAGGGAACGGGUGUAUAAUGCUUGUAGGUCCAUAUUUUUGUAUUAUGUAAGUUGGUGUAUAAAGAAGUCAGCUUUAGGCAGUUUUUAAUCUUGAAUCAUGCAGUUAGGUUAGUUUAUAAUUAUUGUUAAAGCAAAAAAAAAACAAUUUAGAAUGCCAAAUAUACUUUGGGUGUUCACAAUGGUGUUCCCUUUCUUCUCUAAGGAAUCUUUUUGAAUAUUCUUAAACUGUGAUCAGAAUCUAUGUUUGGGAUUUAUUAAAGUUUAAAGGAAAUGAAAUCCAAUUAGUUUUAUUUUCAAAGUCAAGAUUUUAACCACUAUUAAAUUGUUGUUUAUUGUAGUUUCCAGACAUCUAUCUCUCAAUGCUUUCCUGUUUCUUAUUAUUGACAAAAGGUAAGUAUUAUUAAUAGGAAAGAUUUAUUGCUAUGAAAUAUCAUGACUACAUGUAUUUAUAUAUUUUUCUUUUUAUUGUUAUUAAUACUUUGUAUUUCAAGUGAUUAUUUUAUAUA